AAAAUCCAUUCCCGCCCAUCACAGACCCGACCUAGUUCGCGCCGCGGCCUUGAGUCUCUUGCGUGGGUUUUUCACUGGGGGGGUCACUCGUAGGGUGAAUGCAGACUGGCGGCGACCGUGCGCUUGUGUCGCCGACCAUCCACCGGUUUCUGCUUCCGAAAACAGUGAGAAUUAGGUCGAAGCUGCGAUUCCUGCAGGCUGCAGUAACUCGUCCUCUAUAUAAUACCACCUCCAAAAUGUACAGCCGAGACCUCAAUAUCGCCACCUUGGGCGCCAACGAGAUCAUAAUCGCUGCUUCAGAUAUAGACUCAGAGAUGUGCUGCUGGGACCUCUUGUCGGGUGCCGUCCGCUUCCGUCUUCGGCCAUGCGCUUCCUCUCCCCAUGCCAUCGCUUGUGUUGGGGGUUGCUUUUUCGCAGCCUCGCAGGUUCGAAAGGCUGCUAGCAGUUCCGUCUUCUAUUGGCCCUGGAACAAGUCUCAAGCAGAAACUAGGAGCUUUGUCGAACCAAUCAAACCUCUUUCUUCCAAUGAUGAUGGCACGUAUAUAAUUGGUGGAGGGCGUUCUGGAGCCAUUUACCUGUGGGAGGUUGCAACUGGCAGACUUCUUAGAAGGUGGGCAGCUCAUUUUAAAGAAGUUACUUGUUUGAUUUUUUCGGAUGAUGGAUCACUCAUCAUUUCUGGCUCUGAAGAUGGAUCAGUGAAAGUAUGGUCAAUAUUAAGGUUAUUGGAUGAUGGUGGUAACCUGCAACAUGAACACCCAUAUGAGCAUAGGUUUCAUGGACAUACUUUGCCUGUUACUGACGUAGUUUCUGGUUAUGGGGGAUGUAAUGCCAUAAUUAUUUCUUCUUCAGAUGACUGUACUUGCAAGGUCUGGAGCUUAUCACUGGGAGUUCUAUUGAGGACCAUUUCCUUCCCAGAUAAAGUUGCAGCAGUAGCGUUGGAGCCUGGAGAAUAUGCAUUUUAUGCUGCUUGCAAUGAUGCAAACAUCUAUAUUGGUGCACUUAACUGCGGGAAUAGCACUGAUAGCAUUUACGGGAAGGAUAUUAUUGGCAUGUUGUCUGAUCACAGUGAAGCUGUUACAUGCUUGGCAUUGAGCAUAGAUGGAGUUACCUUGGUUUCAGGAUCAAAGGAUAAAACUGUUCGUGUAUGGAACACCAUAACUCGGCAGGUUCUUCGCAUUCUUAAACAUGAUAAAGGCCCAAUUAGCAACAUUCUUGUGAUGAAACAACCAAGCUCAUUGGGCAGUUCUUGGCUUCCAAACAGUCGAUCCUUACCCCCACCACUGCAUAGACACAUAACACCUGAGGUGGGGCACCCUGAUGAUGGCCACGAAACCAACCCUCUUGUUUCACUGCAGCAUCAGUAUGCCAAGUCACUGGAUGGCCAACUUUUCACUAGCUCUCAUUUGAUAAAGAAUCAAGUUAAAGAACUUGAGAAACGGGAUUCGUUGGCCAAAGUUAAAAGUGAAAUGGGGAAGCUCAAGUCAGACCACAGCAGAUCCCUGCAGGCGCUUAAAAGAUGGAAAAAUGUGUACGAAGAUUUGCAUAGUUUUUGCAUAAAUGAGUUAAUCGAUUCCUGCAAAGAAACAAGCAAUGAAGAGAUUACUACUGAAAGGACGGUUUUGGAAGAAAUGAAUAAGUCUUAGCCUCUUAGGUCACAUGAAGGUGUUUGUCGUUCCAAAUUUCGCAGGCAGCACCACACGCACUUCUUUCUAAUCUAUACCAUCAUGCAAAAAGCAAAUUGCAUUGAGCUGUUUUCAAUUUUCAUACUAAGUUUUGUUAUUAUUUUGUUAACUUAUAUAAUUAUUUGAAAAGCCAGUUUCUAUAUUUGAUCAUGUUGUUCCA